UUCGCAUGGCAACCGUUCAGACUACUUUUUGAAGUGGUCAUUGGCUAGUCUGUAUUUCGCGUACUUUGAUGGAAUUAUAUAAAACAUUUCUUCCUCUUUCUUUACCUCGUCAUCUCUCUUCAUAUAAUAUAUAUCAGCCUUCUCCCCGGCUACUUGGGGGAGGAUUAUCUCAGAACCCUUUAUGCUUCCAGGCUUGAAUUCUUGUAGGAGAAAGAAGUAAAGGGUUCUCUGCCUUCCCCAAAUUGACGUAGAAAUGGAAUUCUUCACUGAAUAUGGUGAAGCAAACCAAUAUGAAAUUCAAGAGGUGGUUGGCAAGGGAAGUUAUGGUGUUGUUGCAGCUGCAGUUGAUACUCACACUGGGGAGAAGGUAGCGAUAAAAAAGAUAACUGAUGUUUUUGAGCAUGUUUCUGAGGCUACCCGAAUCCUUAGGGAAAUCAAGCUCCUUAGGCUGCUUCGUCACCCAGAUAUUGUAGAAAUUAAGCAUAUAAUGUUGCCUCCUUGUCGAAGGGAGUUCAAGGAUAUAUUUGUGGUUUUCGAGCUGAUGGAAACUGACCUCCAUCAUGUUAUUAAGACGAAUGAUGAUCUCACUCCUGGACACUUUCAGUUCUUUUUGUAUCAGCUACUUAGAGCAUUAAAGUAUAUUCAUUCAGCAAAUGUGUUCCAUCGAGAUUUGAAGCCUAAAAACAUCCUUGCCAAUGCAGACUGCAAGUUGAAGAUCUGCGAUUUUGGCCUUGCUCGUGCAUCAUUUGGUGAUACUCCAUCAGCAGUAUUUUGGACUGAUUAUGUAGCAACUCGAUGGUAUCGUGCUCCUGAACUCUGUGGGUCCUUCUUCUCCAAAUAUACCCCCGCUAUUGAUAUCUGGAGUAUAGGAUGCAUAUAUGCUGAAAUGCUUUUGGGAAAACCACUGUUUCCUGGAAAGAAUGUGGUUCACCAGUUGGAUCUCAUAACUGAUCUGCUUGGUACUCCUGCUGCUGAAUCCAUUGCAAGGAUAAAAAAUGAUAAGGCCAGAAGAUAUUUAAGUAGCAUGAGGAAAAAAACACCAGUGCCCCUCUCACAGAAAAUCCCAAAUGCUGAUCCACUGGCUCUUAAAUUAUUGGAGCGAUUGAUUGCAUUUGAUCCCAGAGACCGUAUAUCUGCUGAAGAGGCCUUGGCAGAUCCAUAUUUUUAUGGCUUGGCGAAUGUUGAAGAGGAACCAUCCACUCAUCCCAUUUCAAAAUUUGAAUUUGCUUUUGAAAGGAGAAAACUGUCAAAGGAUGAUGUGAGAGAGCUAAUAUACAGAGAGAUCUUGGAGUAUCAUCCCCAGAUGCUCCAGGAGUAUCUUCUUGGCGUGGAUCAAACUAGCUUUAUGUAUCCCAGUGGGAUUGAUCAAUUUAAGCGGCAAUUUGACCAUCUUGAGGGGCACUUUGGUAAAGGAAUGAGAAGGCUUCCACUACUGAGGCGGUAUGCUUCUUUGCCCAGGGAGAGGGUUUGUGCACCUAUAGACGAGGAUCCAGACCAGAAAGAAGAACUCGAAAAACAUGCAAUGGAUGCUGUUGCACGUACUUGCCUCCAGAGCCCUCCAAGAUCAGAGGAGAAGAAAGAAUCAGAAUCUGCUAAUUCUAGUAUGGUUGCUUUGCCCAAUUGCCGUAGUAGACCAUGCUAUAGUGCACGUUGUAUAUUAAGAAGUUCUAGUAUUAGUGCUUCCAAGUGCAUUGAAGUUAAAAGUGGCGGUUGUGAGGAUGCACUUUCCAAGCAACGCAUGAAUGGGAUUGGUGGAUUGUCAGAGAAGGUGCCAGCUUUGUAUGCUUGAUAGGUUUAGUUUGGCUAAUUAAGAUUUGUUGCUAAUGUCUCAAGUGUGAUUCUGUAGUUGCUGAUGUAUGCUACCAACUUUACCACUUUCAUUGUUGUUAAACUGUCAACAAUCAUUCUGGCGUAACUCAAUAGGAAUCACGUUACAGAUUUUCUUUUCUGACUUGUGAAA